CUCUCUCUCUCUCUCUCUCUAUCUAUUCUCUGCAAUCCACAACCGCAAUGCAGAGAUCAGGCUUCGGCUCCGAUGGAGUAUACAGGUCACUCAGACCUUCACUCCAUCUACCAAACAACCCAAACCUCUCUCUCGCCACCCACCUCUUCUCCAACGUCUCUUCCUUCCCCACUAAACCCGCUCUCUUCGACGCCGACACCUCCCAAUCCCUCACCUUCGAGGAGAUGAACUCCCUCGCCGUUAGAGCCUCCCACGCCCUCCAACGCCUCGGAAUAUCCAAAAACGACGUCGUUCUCUUCCUCUCCCCAAACACCAUUUACUACCCCGUCUGCUUCCUCGCGGUCACCGCCCUCGGCGCCAUCGCCUCCACCGUCAACCCCUCCUACACCGCCUCCGAAGUCUCCAAACAACUCAAAGACUGCAACCCCAAACUCAUCUUAACCGUGCCGGACCAAUGGGAUAAAGUGAAGACCUUCAAUCUCCCCGCAGUUUUCCUCGAUUCGGAUCCCACCGUCCACGUGUCACCAUCGCAACGGGCCCCCAAGAUCAUGAGCUUCCACGAUUUCGUGAAACUCGCCGGCACUGAAACAGAGUUCCCGAAGAGCAGCGUGAAGCAGAACGACACGGCGGCGCUGCUGUACUCGUCGGGAACAACGGGGUUGAGCAAGGGCGUGGUUCUGACACACCGGAACUUCAUCGCGGCGGCGAAGAUGGCGUGCAUGGACGACGAGAUGGCGGGGCAGAUGCACGACGUGUUCCUAUGCGUGCUUCCAAUGUUCCACGUGUUCGGGCUGGCGUUGAUACUGUACUCGCAGCUGCAGCGUGGGAACGCGGUUGUGUGCUUGAAGAGAUUCGAGUUGAAUGCGUUGUUGAGAAGCAUCGAAAAGUACAAGGUCACCCACUUGUGGGUAGUGCCUCCCAUCGUUCUUGCUCUUGCCAAACACGCCCUUGUUGACAAGUUUGACCUCUCGUCGUUGCGCCACAUCGGUUCCGGCGCUGCUCCUCUCGGCAAAGAACUCAUGCACGUCUGUUCCAAACGUUUCCCUCGCGCUAUCGUCAUGCAGGGGUAUGGUAUGACGGAGACUUGUGGGAUUGUUUCCAUGGAGAAUGCGACGCGAGGGACGAGGAAUAGUGGGUCAACCGGAAUGCUAGCUCCGGGACUGGAAGCUCAAAUAGUUAGCGUGGACUCGCUGAAGCCACAACCACCUUCAAAGAUUGGCGAGAUUUGGGUUCGUGGUCCUAACAUGAUGCAAGGUUAUCAUAACAAUCCACGGGCCACAGAAUUGACCAUAGAUAAACAAGGGUGGGUACAUACAGGAGAUCUUGGAUAUUUUGAUGAAGAGGGGCAUCUUUUUGUUGUUGAUCGCAUCAAAGAACUGAUCAAGUAUAAAGGUUUUCAGGUUGCGCCAGCAGAGCUAGAAGGCCUUCUUGUUUCUCACCCUCAAAUACUUGAUGCUGUUGUCAUCCCUUAUCCUGAUGCUGAGGCUGGUGAGGUUCCUGUUGCCUAUGUUGUUCGAUCAUCCAACAGUUCACUCACUGAAGAAGAUAUCAUCAACUUUGUUGCUGAUCAGGUUGCACCUUUCAAACGAUUGAAAAGGGUUACAUUCAUCAAUUCUGUUCCUAAGACAGCAUCAGGAAAAAUUCUCAGAAGAGAGCUUAUAGAUAAAGCAAGAUCCAAAAUAUAAGACCAUAAUUUCUAUAUAUAUAUAUAUAUAUAUAUAUAUACAUACAUUGGGACUAAAUAGACACUACAUGUUUGCAAACAAAGUACUCUUAAUUGUUCAUAAUAUAGUAAGGACUAGAUCCACCAAAAUAAAAACUCAAGGGCAUGUUUUAAUUUUGUCCAUUAUUGGUCAAAGAUUAGUCCCAGUCCCACCUUAUAUGUAUUGGACUAUUAAUUGAUGAUGCCGUAUUUGAAUGAAAUAUUUUACAUGGUUA